UAAAUAAUUUGAUAAUUUAACAAAAAAUGGCAACCAUAGUUCGCAAAAUCAUCAGCACCAAAGCUGCAGCCAAACCAGUGGCACCAUAUAACCAGGCAAUUUUGGUCGAUCGCACUCUCUACGUAUCGGGAUGUCUAGGAUUGGACGCCUGCACAAUGAAAUUGGUCGCAGGAGGAGCUGCCGCCGAAGCAAGACAAGCUUUGACCAACCUUGGACAUAUCUUGGCCGCUGGUGACUCAUCAUAUGACCGUGUUGUGAAAACCACCGUCUUACUUGCCGAUUUAGCUGACUUUGCAGCUGUAAAUGAAGUUUAUGGACAAGUGUUUACACAUGACCACCCUGCCAGAUCCUCCUUCCAAGUUGGAGCACUACCAAUGAAUGCUAAGGUCGAAAUUGAAGUCGUUGCAGUUUCAGGAGACGUCCGAACUAUUCCGGCAGUGGAAUGCUAAGAAAGUUAAGAAAUAAUAUGAUAAUUAAUAGUUGUUUCAGUAAAUUAAUAAGUUUU